AUGCAUUUUAUGAAGAUCUUAGUGAUCAUGACUUCACCAAAGCUGUGGGACGAAUGGUAAUUGUAUUGUACUAAGAGAAGAAGAAGAAAAAACCAGAGGCUGAUGGGGGCUUUGCAGGGGGCCGACCCAUGUUUUCUCCUUUGUGUUUCUCGAAAACCAGAGAACUUCGGGCCUCUGCUGUUUCCUUUUGGGCAUUAUAUAUUGUACCAACUACUGCCCUUCCCUCGACCACCCACACAUCACAAUCCUCUGUCCCUCCUUCCAACUUUCCUGCUUCCAACCCAAGUUUUCUUCUUGCUUCUUCACUAGACCUUUCUUUCUUUUUUUACUCUCAAUUCACACCUACUAUGGCUGGUGAGUCUAGUGUGCAGGCUUCAUCUCCGCUGGAGAUGAAAGGUUUCGGACCUCUUGACCAGAAACUGGCUAUGGCGAAGCGCUGUGGCCAUGAGGGAGUGGUAGCAGGAGCAAGAGCAGCUGUGGUUGCAACUGUUGCUAGUGCAGUCCCCACUUUGGCAAGCGUGAGAAUGGUACCAUGGGCAAGGCGCAACCUCAACCCCACAGCUCAGGCCCUCAUCGUCUCCUUAGUGGCUGGCUCGGCAUUCUUCAUUGUCGCGGACAAGACUGUCCUGACUACAGCAAGAAGGAACUCCUUCAAGAACAUGCAGCUCUAGAUUAAACUUUACUUUGUAUCUUUUCCUGCUACAAAUUUUAUACAGCAUCUGCUAGUGUUUGUCGUUGGGUUAUUUCAUGGCUCUAAAGUCAGUACUAUGUACAGGUUUCAUCAGACAGAAAUAUAUUAUCGAGCUGGCAAUAUUUCAAAAGCC